AUGGCGACGGCGACCCCAGAGCCAGACUCGAAAGAGUCUCCAAAGGCUCAACCUCAACCUCCACCCCAACCACAGCCACAACCUGCAGAUUCAAAGCCUCCAAACUUUUAUGGUUAUUUGAUCAACCAGGACAAGGCGCCAACCCCGAUUCUAGACGCCCUUCUCCGCGCCAUCGCGAACCACAUUGCCUUGACUCCUCAAAAACUUGCCGCCUUCUACAAGGCGGUUGGCGGCAACUAUGACGCCCUUUUCAUCGAAAUGCCCUACCCCGCCAUAUCUUACAUCUGGCAGGUCACUGGGUGCCAACACUCCCUGCAACCCUCCGAAAACGAUUUCGAUGCCCCUUCCGUACCGGCUUUGACAAAACGCGGCUUUGUGCGAUGGGAAAUAAUCGAAAUCUUACUUGACCCGGAAGAGCAUGUGCCCUUUAUCCAAAACGCAGUCAAGAAUUGGAAUCUCAAGCAUCCUGUGACGAACGAACCGUUUCCUAAAGAUCUGCCCGACGACGCCUUUCCCGCCCAGCCAGACCCCGGGAUCUCCGAGUGGCAUAAGAAAUGCGCCGAGAAGUUGAGGAAAGCUGCGACCCCCAAUCCAGACUCGACCGCUCCGAAGCCCGCCGCCGCCGCACCACCUUCAAACUGGCCGCCGGAAAGGGACGAGCCGAGGGUCAAGGCCGCCUACGUGCACUGGCCUACAGUCAUGUACCGGGUCAUGGCGGACGUUAUCCCCCGUCCCGGCUGA